ACGCCCUCUCCCAACCUCCAUCUUUAAAACCUUCACCUCUUCCAAAUAUGCCAAUUCACUCUUCUCUUUUCUGAGCUUCCGUCCAACACUACCCAAAAACAGAAAACACCCUUUACGAAAAAAAGAACACAGCAACCAAGAGCACAAGGAAUUUUUAAAGAACAACAUGAAGCUGGAGUGGUCUCCCGAGACAGCCUCGAAGGCUUAUAUCGAUACCGUUAAAUCUUGUGAAAUAUUCCAGGAGUCGGGUGUGGCGGAGCUGGUGUCGGCCAUGGCUGCCGGGUGGAACGCAAAACUGAUCGUGGAAGCGUGGUCGCGGGGCGGGGUUGUUAUGACGAGCGUGGGGCUCGCCGUGGCCAGCCAGCACACGGGCGGGAGGCACGUGUGCGUGGUUCCGGACGAGCAGUCGAGGGCGGAAUACGCGGAAGCGAUGGAGAGGGCGGGGAUGUCGCCGGAAGUGGUGGUGGGAGUAGCGGAGGAGGCGAUGGAGGGGCUGCCGGGCGUAGAUUUCUUGGUGGUGGAUUGCCGGCGGCGGGACUUCGAGAGAACGAUCAGAGCGGCGAAGCUGGGGCAGCGCGGGGGGGUGGUGGUUUGCAAGAACGCAAGUUCAAGAAGCGAGGGGUCGUCGACGGGGACGGUGUGGCGGAGUGCGGUGGGGGAAGGAUGGAGGGUGGUUAGGGCGGUGUAUUUGCCUGUGGGGAAAGGGUUGGAGAUCGCGCAUGUGGGGCGGAGCAGCGGGGCGGGGGAGAAGGAGAUGGGGAAGAAACGGCGGUGGAUCAAGCACGUUGAUCAAGAAUCAGGAGAGGAGCAUGUCUUCCGAAGAUGAACUCACUCUGGAUCUAAAACUGAAAGGGGCAUUGAUGAUGAGUGGGUUUUUCUUUACUUUUUUAUGAAAUGAAACUCAUGAAAUGUAGAGGAUGAUAUGCGGAUAUGUUUGCAGGUUUAGCAGCUUCUUUUUCUCUUUUUUAUCUUCUGUUUUGAAUCCGCUCCUGCAGACCACCGAUGACUUGUAUUGUGUUGUAUUGUACAUAAAUUCUAUAAUGAAAAUGAAACAAACACGUUCA